AUGAUUCACUUUUUAUUUUACUUUCUUAUAACUACUCUAGGAAUGAUCAAAUUAAACAUUAAUAAUGAAUACACGAAGAAAGGAUAAAUAUAUCAUUUGAAGGAAUUUGAAUAUUAUAUAAUACAAGAAAUAGAAAAUGGAAUUAUGUUCUUUUCAAUUGAAUCAGCUGACACUAAUAGAUAUCUUUUUAUAGAGUAAUUAUAAUGUCAUAUAAAAGAUUAAUAUUUGAAACUCCUAAAGAUGGUCAUGUGAAUUUGUCCUUUACAAUAACUUAAAGCAGGCAAACUUCAAAAUAUGAAAAUAACACAAUAUUAGCAACAUAUGCUGAUUUAAAUGGUGAUUAUCUUCAUAAGAGUUAUCAAAAUAUACUUAUACCAGCAUAUUCAUAUAAUUAAGGUGACAGAUUUUACAUUAAUAUUUAAAAAAGAGAUGAAGAGAUAACAUAUAAAUAUAUCUUAAAAAUAAGUAAGAAUACUAAUAUUCCAUGUCCUAAUAAUUGUACAUCAAAUACUUUAGGUUUUUGCAAUUUUGGUAUAUGUGCAUGCAAAGAUGAUAUGAUUGAUUUGGAUUGUUCCAAAACAGGAAUUCCCAUAAUUAUGGAUAAUUAAAUUGAAAAUAUGUUUAUAAGUGGAACAAAAUAUUUCUAUUUUUAAUAAAAGACUUAGUUAGAAAAAAUUUAGCUAGAUUUAGAAAUUUCAAAUAUGUUCCUAUCAGAACAUUCUUAAAUCUUUGUAUAUAUAAUGUUUGAAAACUAUAUUUAUGGAGUAGCUACUUCAUAAUUUAAUAAUUAGUCUUUUUCAUUUUAUUCUAAUCCUUAAUCUAUAUAUUAAUCAGAGAUUAUAGAUGUUUCUAAAUUGAAUAAUAAUCCAGAUUUAUUUAGGUACUACUUUAUUAUUAUCUAGAUUUGAUCGCCUAUUAUUAACAAUUGUUGUUCCAGGUACAUGUUAGUUUAAUAUUAAUAUCAGUCUUCCAUCUGAAGAUUCAGAACAGUAAACUAAUUAAAUACUUAUUUACUUAUUUUUACCACUAGGUGUCAUUAUACUGAUAGUGAUUAUAGUUUGUAUAAUCAAAAAAUGUAGAGGAGUAAGGCCAAAUUAAAUUGGGUUAGAUGACGAAAAUAAAAAAUAGGGAAUUACCUUAUAAUAAUUUAAUGAGUAUUUGAAAAAAACAAAAUGGAAAGAUUUAUAUUAACAUUAUCCCAAUUCAGAAAAAAAUCUUAAAUCUAGUUCAUCUGAAUCUUGCGUUAUUUGCACAGAAGAUUAUUAGAAAGAUUCAAUAUGUUUAAUGACACCCUGUUAUCAUAUAUUUCAUUAUAAAUGUUUGCAAACAUGGGUGGUAGAUAAAUAGAAAGAAUUCUGUCCCAUUUGUAGAUAAGAUUUAAAUGAAUAAUCAUUAUCAAAAUUUGCAUAGGAAAUAAAAAACAAAGAACUAAAUUAAUAAUUAAAAAAAAGCGAUUUGUAAAACAAAAAUUCAAAUUGGUAAAUUGAAUUAUAACAAUAAAUGCAAACAAACUCUUAAAUGAUUUAAUAUUGA